CUAAACAACUAUGGCGGAAAGAUGUAGAUUGAGAGAAUUCAGAGGCUCGUAGCGGAAUACGUAGAAGUAGCGUUAUCUCCCUGUAAGAUGAACAACUGCUUUUCUGCAAGACUGGAAGGCAGAGUUCAAGGAACUCUGAAAAAAGUGUUUGGAUUUGAUUCUUUCAAGACUUCGUUGCAGGAAAGGGCAGUUAUGACAGUGGCAAAAGGUGAAAAGGACGUCUUUAUAUGUAUGCCCACUGGGGCAGGGAAAUCUCUAUGCUACCAGCUUCCUGCAGUCCUGGCAUCAGGCAUCACCAUUGUUAUUUCACCUUUAAUUGCACUGAUUCAGGACCAAGUGGAUCAUUUGCUGUCACUGAAUGUGAAAGUAAGCUCUCUGAACUCCAAAAUUUCUGCUCAGGAGAAGAAGACCAUCCUUGCUGACUUGAUGAGUGAGAAACCCCAAAUAAAGCUGCUGUACAUCACACCAGAGAUGGCAGCUUCCUCUUCCUUUCAGCCCACCUUGGCGGUUCUGGUGUCCCGAAAUCUUCUCACUUAUCUGAUAGUUGAUGAGGCUCACUGUGUCUCCCAGUGGGGACAUGACUUCCGACCAGACUACCUGCGGCUCGGUUCCCUGCGUCAUCGUAUACCCAAUGUGCCAUGUGUAGCCUUAACUGCCACAGCUACCAAGCAGGUUCAGGAUGACAUUGUAACAUCGCUUAAACUAAAGCAACCUGUCGCUGCCUUUAAGACAUCUUGUUUCAGGUCCAACCUAUUCUAUGAUGUGCAAUAUAAAGAGCUCUUAACUGAUCCUUAUGAAAACCUGAAAGAUUUUUGUCUGAAGGCUCUUGGGCAGAAGAGCCCUUCUGGGGGCUAUUUGGGCUGUGGAAUUGUGUACUGCAGGAUGAGAGAAGUCUGUGAGCAGUUAGCUAUUGAGCUAAGUCACAGGGGAGUGAAAGCCAAGGCCUACCAUGCAGGAUUGAAGGUAGCAGAGAGGACAUCAGUUCAGAAUGAAUGGAUGGAGGAGAAAGUUCCUGUAAUUGUUGCUACCAUCAGUUUUGGAAUGGGAGUUGACAAAGCUAAUGUCAGAUUUGUUGCACACUGGAAUAUGGCAAAGUCUAUGGCUGGGUAUUAUCAGGAAUCAGGAAGGGCUGGAAGAGAUGGGAAGACAUCUUGCUGUCGCCUCUAUUACUCUCGGACUGACAGGGAUCAACUCAGCUUCUUAAUCAAGAAAGAAAUUGCUAAACUCCAGGAGAAACGAGGCACCUUAAAAGAAUCGGAUAAAGCCAUGAUGACAGACUUUGAUGCUAUGGUGGCCUUCUGUGGAGAGUUGGGGGUUUAGGGCCCAGUGCAUAGGAUACACGUGAACAUGCAGCUGG